UUCCCUCCCCCCGCCUGCCGCGGCCCCGGUAUCCGCAGCCACAGCCGGGAGCCGGUGAGGCGGCGAAGGGGGAGGGGGAGGAACCAAGGGAUGAGCGCCGGGAGGGCGUCGGGGGCCUUGAGCCGGACUAGGACGCCCCUGGAGCCGGAACCCGAGCCGGAGUCGGAACCAGAACCAAACCACCGCUGCAGCCCCCUAAACCCAGGAGGCGCCCUGGCCCGCGCUCGCCCCCCAGGGCCUCAUGUCGGAACCACAGCCUGACCUGGAGCCGCCCCAACAUGGGCUGUACAUGCUCUUCCUGCUCGUGCUGGUUUUCUUUCUCAUGGGCCUUGUGGGCUUUAUGAUCUGCCACGUGCUCAAGAAGAAGGGCUACCGCUGCCGCACGUCCAGGGGCUCCGAGCCAGAUGACGCCCAGCUCCAGCCCCCUGAGGACGAUGACGUGAACGAGGACACGGUAGAGAGGAUUGUUCGCUGCAUCAUCCAAAAUGAAGCCAACGCUGAGGCCCUGAAGGAGAUGCUGGGGGACAGUGAGGGAGAAGGGACAGUGCAGCUCUCCAGUGUGGAUGCCACUUCCAGCCUGCAAGACGGAGCCCCUUCCCAUCAUCACACAGUGCACCUGGGCUCUGCGGCCCCUUGCAUCCACUGCAGCCGCAACAAGAGGCCCCCGCUUGUCCGGCAGGGACGCUCCAAGGAAGGGAAAAGCCGCCCCCGGCCUGGGGAGACCACUGUGUUCUCUGUGGGCAGGUUCCGGGUGACACACAUUGAGAAGCGCUAUGGGUCACAUGAGCAUCGCGAUGGCUCCCCCACAGACAGAAGCUGGGGCUCUGGUGGGGGGCAGGACCCAGGAGGUGGCCAGGGGUCUGGAGGAGGGCAGCCCAGGGCAGGGAUGCCUGCCACAGAGAGGCUGCCUGCUGAGGCACCGCAGCCGCAGGCCCUAGCCAGUCCCCCAGUGCAGAAUGGAGGACUUAGGGACAGCAGCCGAGUCCCUUGUACACUGGAGGGGAACCCUGGAGCCUCUGCAGAGCUGACACUAGGGGCCAGAGGGAGGGGACCAAGCCCAGGACUGCCCAGGCAAGAGGCAAACGGACAGCCGAGCAAGCCGGACACCUCAGAUUACCAGGUGUCUCUGCCACGUGGAACAGGGGGUGUGUGACGCGAGUCUGCCUGAGCCCCAGAUCAGCCCCAUUUCUCAUCACCCUGACAGACCACCAGCUGGCAGGGCCGGGGGCAGGUGGGCGUGAAGGCCCUCCCCUCCGCUGGACAGCG